GUACUAAUUGCAUGUGAGAACGGAUUGAUGAUUCUUUGGGAUGUUUCUGAAGCUAAAAUUCUUUCGUUGGAGGUGAUAAGGUUCUGCAAUUGAAGAAUGGAGUUGUUGAUUCUUCAAGUGAAGUGGAUUCUAAUCUUCUUGAUGGUAUACUUUAGCAUCAUCUACAAGGAAAAGAAAUAAGUGCUCUUUGUUGGGCAUCAUCAAAUGGGUCCAUUCUACAGUUGGGUACAUAGAUGGAGAUAUCUUGUUUUGGAAUACAUCAAGUUUUGGCUCUGUUAAAGACAUGAUUUUGUUACCAAGUUUUGGGCAAAAGGGGGUAAUCACAAAGCUGAUCUUUUUGCAUUAACAAGUCCUGGGCAACUGCAUCUCUGUGAUGAUGUUGGCCUAUCUACCUCACUGUCUCAGCAAGAAAAGAAACCAUCUGUCUUUUAGGUUGAAUAUCCUGGGGUGAUACCUACAAUUGAUCCAAUAAUGACUGCAACAAAUUUUAGUGCAUUAAGCAUGGGUGGAAACUCAUCAAAAGUAGCCUCUCUAAUGAAACUUGGCUCCUCACCUAUCCUGGCUGGUGAAAUUAAGUGGCCUUUUUCUGGGGUUGUGCCCAGUCAGUUGUCUGUCACCAAAGAUCACGAUGUCAGUAAGGUAUAUGCGGCCGGUUAUCAAGAUGGAACCGUUGGGAUAUGGGAUGCCACAUACACUAUCCUGUAACCUAUAUUUGUUCUAAAGGGAGAGGUGCAAGGUAUAGAAGUGGCUUGCUCUAGUGCACCAGUAUCAACUUUGAAUUUCUCUUUCCUAAAUUCGAGUUUGGCUGUUGGGAAUGAAUGCAGUCUGGUUCGUAUUUAUAACCUCAAUAGGCAGCACUGGUGACACGAACCUUCACUUUGUCUCAGAAACUAAAUAAGAAGGUUCGUAUUUAUAACCUCAAUAGGCAGCACUGGUGACACGAACCUUCACUUUGUCUCAGAAACUAAAUACGAAGUCCACAUGUUGCGGGAAGGGAAAGGAACUCACUGUAAAGUUGUUUUUUGUAUAACCAGUUCUCUUGUUCGAGCCUUGCAGCUUGCAGAAAGCGGAGCUAAGCCUGCUGUGUGAUUUGAGUGUGAUCAUGUUGCUGUGGUUGAUAUGAGUUUCUUAUCUGGAAUGUUCGACAUUUAUGGCACGUCUGGCUAUAAGCUCAGGUCUCGUUGUAAUGAUUUGGUCAGAACAUGGCAAUAAACACAGCUUUCUGAAAAGCCCAAAUCAUUCCUGUCCAUUGAACUUGGAGAAAGAAGCAGUUACAAUUUCUAUGUACAUAAUAGGCGAGUUGUGCAAUCUAUCAAGAAUAACAGCUCAAAAACUGAUCCAAUGCCUAACGCUACUUUAGUUGAAACUAAUUCUCCUGAGGCCGAACAUCUCUCCUUUCUAGAAAGUGAAUGUUCUGGAGAAGUACUAUCAGAGGCUCUAGUGUUGGUUUGUUCUGAAGAUUCACUGCCCUUGUACUCCAAAUAAUCCAGAAUUCAGGUAAAUAAAACGAUGCAUUCAUAAAGUGAAGCACACAAAAUCUCAUUGUUGGACCAUAGCCUUCACCAAAGAUGGAAAAGUGGACUGGUGUCACCGUUUCAGAUUGGAUUAGUUGAAAUCAGUUAAAUAGGUAAAUGGAUAUGAAGUGGCUUUCUUCCAUCUAUUUUGUGUUGAAAAUGAUGUCAGGUAAAUGGAUAUGAAGUGGCUUUCGUACAUCUAUUACAUACUGAAAAUGAUGUCAGGAUUCUGGAGUCUUUGCCUUGUUUUCAUGAUAAAGUUCUUGAAGCUGCUGCAGAUGCAGCCUUUACUGUCUCUUCGGAUCAGAAGAAAAAACAGGGCAAUGCACCAGGGAUUCUUGGUGGUAUUGUCACAGGCUUUAAGGUGGGGAAAGAUAGCCACAUUGUGGAUAUUACUGUGGCUCCUAAGUCCAGUUUAACUCAUUUAGAGGGAAUAUCUUUGAAGCCCCCAUUCCCAGAUUCAUCUCCUACUGUAACAGAUGAUGAGAAAGUAAUAUAGAGCACAUUGUAAUUGGUCAAACAACAUCUGUGGCAGCCACUUCAUGUCAUAAAGUAGUUUAUAUGAAGAAAGAUAAGGGAACCAAUAGGGAAAGAUUGUUAGGUGAACCUAAUGAUACAAAGCCCAAAGCGAGGACAUAUGAAGAAAGAUCCAUUUACAUGUUCAGGAAUUGAUUUGUGUCAACAUUUUCAAGAAGUUGCCCUUGAUCGGUCUUGAAGACAAGACCUAUUAAAUUUUUGUCACUCAUUGUCCAAGAAGUUGCCAUUUGUAAAUUCACCACUCCUGAUCAAUUUUGAAGACCUAUAUAAUGUAAUUUCCUCUCUCUUUUCUUCCUUUUUUUUAUUCUUAAAUUGUUGUUGCUUCAAACUUGUCUCUAAUUAUGCAAGAAGUUACAGUUUUGUAAAUUUGCCACUCCUGAUUGAUCUUAAAGACCUAUUUAAGUGGGGAUUCGUUCGGAUGAAAGAAGCUCGUAUUUUUGAAUUCGACUCAAAAAAAUACUAUUCAUCAAAAAAAGACCAAAGCCCCGAGACUCCUCAUUUCAACGAUCUCCUCGAAGACGAAUUCAGAAGGCCAAUACUCCUCGUUCAAGAAGACGGAACGGAAACCGAAGAAGACGAAACUGAAGAAGAAACCGAUGAAGAAGAAGAGGAUGAGGAGGAAGAAGUGUUAAUUAUGGCCGUGGAAUCGCCAACUACGGUUUCAGGCUCAAAUCAAGCGGUAACUGAAGAUCGAACGAAGCGGAGAAGAGAAGAUAGAGGUGGAGAAUCCUGCUUGUUUGGUGGAAUCGAGAGUGGAGAUUGUUCUCAAGGGAAUGAGUGGAAUCGAACGGAGGUUGAGGGCUUGUUUUGCCCGAUUUGUAUGGACGCGUGGACCAAUAGCGGUGACCAUCACAUUAGUUGUCUUCCUUGUGGGCAUGUAUAUGGUUUCUCUUGCAUCAAGAGAUGGUUACAACAAGGUCAAAGCUCGGGGAAGUGUCCUCAAUGCAAUAGGAAAAGCUCUUUGAAGGAUGUUAGGAAACUGUUUGCAUCACGGAUUGUUGCUAUUGAUGAAGAAUCACAAAAGAAAAUUCGAUCUCUUGAGUCUAAGUGUGUGUCUCUUGAGAACAAGAAUGCUGACUGGUGUAAGAAAGAAGCUGAGUGGCAAAAGAGAGAAGUUGAGUUGCAUUUGGAAGUUUAUCAGCUUAAACAAAGGACAAUCUUUUUGGAGCGUUUGUUGGGAGCGACACAGAGCAGGUCAUCUGAAUUUGCUGCUUCUAGUGAAAGCCAUCAAGGACAGUAUGUGUCUGGUUCCAACUUCAGCUCAGAGUUAUGCAGAGAAGGAUCAUCUUGUAUAUUCAUCUUACAGAAAGCAUUAAAGGUGGAUGGUGCACGUUUAUUUGAUGUGGAGCCUUCUAGUCAGAUUAUAUUAAUGGCCAGAAGGCUGCCUGGGAUUGGUGCAAGUGGAACACAUCUACUUACCAAAUUUAGCUUGAUACAUCCACAUGAAAGUGAAGAUAUUUUGAUUCCUUCAAGUAUAAGGGCUGUCAAGGACCUGCACUUUUCUCCUUUUAACCAUAAUCUUGCACUUUUUUCUUCGUUAGGCAAGAAAUUAUCUAUUCUCAGCAUGGACAGCAACAAUGUCAUUCUAAAUUAUGAUCUUCCGGUUGCUGCUUGGUCAUGUUCAUGGGAGGUCAACAGUGCACAUUAUUUGUAUGCUGGACUACAGAACGGAUCACUUUUGGUGUUUGAUAUCCGUCAAACUGUGGGGCCCUUGGAAUCCUUGAAUGGACCAUCGUGCAACCCAAUUCAUACCAUGCACUCACUUUCACAUCCAUCUGGUGUUAGAACCCUGCUUUCUGCUUCUUCUGUCGGUGUUUGUCAGUGGAACUUUGAUAGUGCUGGAGGAAGGUCAUAUUUGGUUCCUGAAACAGAGAACAAAGGAGUUUGCAUUUCUCUUGCUUAUUGUCCCAGCAGUGAUGAAAUUGUUGCUUCAUUUCGGCCCAGGGUUGAAAUGUCCAAUGAGAUAAUUGCUUCUCAGUCUGUAUCAACUCCCCCUGUUGUUGAGCAAGGGAUACCAGGUAUCCGAGUUCUUCUGAAGAAAGUGGGCUGCUAUGACUAUCAGAAGUUGGGUUUUUCAUCUACGACAGUAAAUGAUAUUCGAUUGCCGAAAUCUACAAUUAUAAACUUAGAGGAUGAGAAACGAUUGUUUGCAUCUGGGGAAGAAGUAACAUGUGAAUUGAUCUUGCAAAAGUUACCAUCUUUUUCCGGUGUCCAGUGCCUUCAAUCACAGAAUCAUCCUAUCCGUGAUGUGAAGUAUAUAAAUGCACAUGACCAAGGUUUACUUAGCUGUUUAAGUGAGGAUGCAUUGCAACUUUUCACUGCUAACGUCUUGUAGAAAGGUUUCUCAAAUUCAUAAAAGGUAAUAAACCUGCCUGUUUAUUGUGUAACAUUAGCCGGCAUUACUUAAACAUAUUGGAGAAAUAUUUGUAUGUAUUUAUUUUGGCGAAUAACAAAGGGCUUACCGAUUUGUAACAUCUCAGUAGGUUAAAAAAUGGUUAGAUAAGCAUAUGUUAAGUGAGACAUGAAGAUUUUAUCAUAUACUAAAUUAGCAUGCCUUGUUUUGUUCAAA